CACCUCACGCCCACUCGACCUCGCAGCUCACCACACCACACACAGCCUUUGCCCCUCCUCCAUCUAUCCAAAUGAGCUUCUUCUCGCUCGAUCCGGGCCUCGGCCGUGGAGGCAAGGACAAGCUGCUCGCCUCCAAGCGCCAAGCUCGCAAGGAACGGGCCCAGAAGCGCAGAGAGCACGAGGCUGCCACGCGCAUUGUCGCCUUUCUGCGGCUGACGGCCGAGCUCGGCGCCGCACGCGACGCCGCCGCUGCCGAGCUGGCCCACACGCUCGCCGAGCUGGCCGAGAGCUCGAUGCCGCCCCCGCAGGUGCUCUUCCGGGCGCUGGGCGCAUUUGCUUUGGCGGCAGGCGCGUCAGGCGAACGCGUGGCGCCGUACGCCCACAUCCUUGCCCUCAAGGUCGUCAAGUCUAUGACCCUUCCCCGACCCGAGGUCUCGCUCGCGAGCUACGCGCUCGAUGACACCACGCGCGACCUGCUCUUUGCCCGCCUCGCCUGUCUCGCGCGUUGGGUGGUAGCUACGUUGCAUAGUCUUGAUCCGAAGUGUUCGGGUGUCCAGGCCAUCCUCACCCUCGCACGGCUCUGCGAGAGCGCGCCGCUGCUCGCUGACACCUCGGCUGAUUUGCGCGCGGCCUGUGGCCGCCUCGCUGCCGCUUUUGUAGCUGCGCCAGCCUUUCCGGCGCUUGUUGGCAAGUCGCUGGCAGAGCUGACUGAGCUGCACCCGGCGGGGCUUCUUGCCAGCGACGAGCUUUCGCUGGAGGCUGUGUUGGCGGCGCCAGUGACAUCGCUCUACACCCCAGUGUCGGCCGUUCAACUGCCGCUCUCCAUCGGGCUCGGUGUUCUCGCCUGGUCGUGGGCCUACCCACUCUCAGCGGCAGAUCAAGAGGCUGGGGCCGUCCUGCUUGCCACACACGUGCUCGCGGUGCCUGCGCUGACCGCGCGGCUCCCACCGGCACUCACCAACCACAUCUCGAGCCUUGUCGCCGCCGACGGUGGGGCCAAAUUGGCAGUCCUAGGCUCGCCGACUUGCCGAGAUGCGCUGCAUGCUGCGCUGGCGCGCGCCCCGGCCUCGGCUGGUGCGCAGCAUCUCGUCGCCAACUUGGCGGCUCUGCUCUCGGCCGAGACGCUGGCGGGCCUAUCGGCUGAUGGCCUCGGUGGCUACCUCACACUCACACACGGUCUUGUUGCCAGCGUCCGUGCCGACCUCUUCCCGACCGCCCGAACGCUCAAGCCUCUCCGCCCACGCACCCGUGGGACCAGCUCUAACUCUGAUUCCGACUCUGACUCAGACAACGGCGCGGGGCCGUCCGAGCUGGCACCGAUGGAGGUGAUCAGCGGUAGCGAGUCGACACUGGCAGCGCUGGCGCCGGUCGAUCUUCUCGACGCAGCCGUCCUCCACGCACUCCUCUCCCCAGCGCACGUCCAGGCACUCAUUGAGGCCGCUGGUGCAGCCAAGACCAUGUCGCAGCUGGCAGUGUGGAUUGUGGCGUUUGUUCGCCUCUGGCCUGACGACCGCAUCGCGCUCCUGCACACGCUCUGCUUCUCGGCGCCGCUCAUCCCGCAGCUGUGGGAGCUCAUCACCCACGCCACGCCGGCUGUGCCAGCGACGCUGGCUGACUACGCGGCACAGGUGUGCGGUGGCGCGGCUGUUGGCGAUGCGUUCCAGCCGCUCUUCCCGCUCCUCUUGUUUCUUUGCGAGCUUGUGCACUUUGCGCUGCUGAGCGUCGACGAUGAGGCUUUUGCGGACGAGCGCUUUGCGGCAACGCUGUUGUCGACUCGGCAGACACUGGAGCUUGCAGGCAGUCUCAAACUUGUCCUCUUCCAUAAGCUGCUCAACUCGAGCGGGAAGCCCAGCAGUGACGCCGAGGUGGCGGCUCUCGAGGUCGGUUCCAAGGUGCUGGACGACCUUGUGCGGCGCGACUCGCGGAUCCACUUUACGUCGAGCGACGGCGGAUUCUGGACGGCGGACACGCUCUCUCGCGGCGCGUUUGCGGCCCAGUUUGUACAGGAGCACGCCUCAGCCGACGAAGCCGAGCCAUGGGCGCGUCUGUUUCGCACAAGCGCCAGCACUAGCACUGCGCUCGACUAUGUCAAACGGCCGGUCCGCGAGGUGCUGAGCAACCCACGAGUCGGCGCCACCGAGGCACUGCUGUCGGUUAUGCCGUACGCAGUCUCAUUUGAUGACCGGGUCGUCGUUUUCCGACACCUCGUCCACGCCGACGCGAUGUCACGGAUUCCGCAACGGCACACGUUCUCCGUUCGACGCGACCAUCUUGUGCAGGACGGCUACGACGGGUUUGCGCGGCUCGGAGAUGGCGUCCGCGACGCGCUCAAGAUCCAGUUUGUUGAUGUCAACGGCGAGCUGGAGGCCGGAGUCGACGGCGGCGGCCUGUUCAAGGAGUUUAUGAACCACCUGGUCAAGGCGGCGUUUGAUCCCAACUAUGGGCUCUUCUGUGAGACGCCGACCUCGCAUCGGCUCUACCCGAACCCGCACUCGUCGUACUUUGCCGCCAACCACCUGGACCUGUUUUCAUUCCUUGGCGCCGUUGUCGGCAAGGCGUUGUACGACGGGGUCCUUGUCGAGCUCCCGCUCGCCGACUUUUUCGUCCGCAAGAUGCUGGGCUUUUCCAACCACGUCUACGACCUCGCCUCGCUCGAUGCCGAGCUCCAUGCUUCGCUGAUGAAGCUCAAGUACCAUGAGCCGGCGUCAGAAGUCGCCGACUGGGGCAUCACUUUUGAGCUCACCGACGCUGUCCCGCAGCUCGAGCUCAACACUUCGAUCGAGCUUGUGCCCAACGGAGCUAGUGUGGCGGUCGACGGCUCGAACCGGAGCAAGUAUGUGUACCUUGUGGCGCAGUACAAGCUCAACAGCUCGAUCGCGCGGCAAAGUGCGGCAUUCAUGGCUGGUAUGGCCUCGGUCGUCCCGCAGACGUGGCUCACCAUGUUUGCACCGCACGAGGUCCAGAUGCUGCUCUCGGGCUCCGAGGCUGGCGUCGACGUCGCCGACUGGGCGGCCCACACCCAGUACUCGGGCGGGUACACACCGUCUUCGCCAACGGUCCUGGCCUUUUGGAUGGUUGUUGCCGACAUGACGCCCGAAGAGCAGUCAGACCUCCUCAUGUUCGCCACCUCGUGCUCGCGGCCGCCUCUUCUCGGCUUUGGCGAGCUCCGGCCCAAGUUUUGCAUUCACCGCGCAGGCACCGAUACCUCGCGCCUGCCGACGGCGGCAACCUGCAUGCACCUACUCAAGCUCCCCGACUACGGUGACGUCGAGCUGCUCCGCGCCAAGCUCUCGUACGCGGUCUCGACCAAGGCUGGCUUUGACCUCAGCUAAACGCCGCGCAUCAGCCGACCAGCCGAGGCCACUCUGAAUCCCAUUGGCUCCCGACCUCACCCCACGACAUGAGCGUCUGCGGAUUGCCCUCGCAAUCGGUCUCGUGGUAAAAGAUGAUCCGC